AUGUCACUGUCUGUGCGCCCGCAGCGCCGAGUCCUCGUCACCAAGAUCAAUAGGAGCCAGUCCUUCGCCGGAGUGAACUCAUCGGCCGACCGGCCCUUCAGCAGGAACCUCUCACCCUUCACCCCCACUGUGUCCCGCAAGACUGGCUCCAGGGUCAGUAGGAUGUUCUCAAUGUCCCACAAAUCCCCACCACCCAAGGUGCCUCAGCCCAACCGCCUGGACGAGGUGUAUGAAGCUCUCAAGAAAGGCCUGACAGCGUACCUGGAGGUGCAUCAGCUAGAACUGGAGAAGCUCAGCACCCAGAUCCGUGAGUCCAAGAGAAAUUCGCGCCUGGGCUUUCUCUACGAUCUGGAUAAGCAAGUGAAGUCAAUCGAGCGCUUCCUGCGGCGCCUGGAGUUUCAUGCCAGCAAGAUAGAUGAGCUGUACGAGGCUUAUUGCAUCCAGCGGCGGCUCCGCGAUGGAGCCCACAACAUGGUCAAGGCUUACAGCACAGGCUCACCAGGCAGCCGGGAGGCACGUGAGAGCCUGGCCGAGGCCAGCAAGGGCUACAAGGAGUACACAGAGAACAUGUGUCUGUUGGAGAACGAGUUGGAGAGCCAGCUGGGCGAGUUCCAUGUCCGGAUGAAAGGACUGGCAGGCUUUGCCCGGCUUUGUGCUGGUGACCAGUAUGAGAUCUUCAUGAAGUAUGGACGGCAGCGGUGGAAGCUGCGGGGGCGCAUUGAGGUGAACAGCAAGCAGGUGUGGGACAGCGAGGAAAUGGUUUUCUUGCCCCUUGUCACCGAGUUCCUGUCCAUCAAGGUGACAGAGCUAAAGAGCCUGGCCAACCAUGUUGUGGUGGGCAAUGUGUCCUGUGAGACCAAGGAUCUCUUUGCGGCUCUGCCCCAGGUAGUGGCUGUGGAUAUCAACGACCUGGGCACUCUCAAACUCAGCCUGGAAGUGACCUGGAACCCCUUUGACAAAGACGACCAGCCCUCGACAGCCAGCACCGUCAACAAGGCUUCCACGGUGAAUAAGAGGUUCUCCACCUACAACCAGAGUCCGCCUGACACGCCGUCCCUGCGGGAACAGGCAUUCUAUAACAUGCUGCGGCGCCAGGAGGAGCUGGAGAACGGCACAGCUUGGUCCAUCUCCUCUGAGUCCUCGGACGACUCCUCUAGCCCCCAGCUGUCUGGCAGCGCCCGCCACGCCGCACACAAGCCCAUCGUGCAGCCCGAGGUGCAGGCCUCUGCCCCUGCCAUCGAGAUCUCCUUCUCCCAACAACCAGAGGAAGCUGAGGCUGGCGUCCCCGAGGUGCCGCGGGGGAAGGUGGUGGAUUCAGGCCUGGAGGAAGCGAUCAGCCUCCUGGGCUCGGCCCUGGAUGACUAUCGGGGGCAGUUCCCAGAGCUGCAGCCCCUCGAACGGGAGCUCAAGCACCUGGAGGAGAUGCUGCUGCAGAAGCAGGGUGUCUUCCUCAGCCGGGCCUCCAGCAUGAGCCUGACAGUGGAGCACGCACUGGAGAGCUUCAGCUUCCUCAACACCUCCGACAUGGAGGACUCAGAGGGCUCUGAGGAGGAGCCUCUCCAAGACGAGAGGAGGGCUGGCAGACCCUUGCGCAGCAGCAGGGCCCCCAGUGCUGGUGAGAUGGGGGCGGAUGACACCGGAAUGUGCAGUGGCUCUGAGGCCAGCACAGACCCCAUGAGCACUGGCAAUGAGUUCCUGGAUAAGGCUCUGGUGCUUCACCUCAACAAUUGCAACCACCUGCUGCUGAAGCUGGGCACCUUUGGUCCCCUGCGGUGCCAGGAGAUGUAUGCUCUGGACAGGCUGCUGCGGGAGUCACAGGUGCUGGAGAUCGUGUGCCAGCUGACGGAGGAGCGUGCAGGAACAGCCAGCUCAGCUGCUGAAGUGGUCCAGUUCUCGAUGCGGAAGGAGGGUGUGCUGUCCCUUUGGGACCGCUGCGUGGAGGCACCAAAUGUCUACACCUGCCCUGUGGAGCGGUUCCUGCAGGUGCUCAGUGCCCAGUAUGCAGCAGCCAUCAGUGAGCAGCACCCUGGUUUGGCUGAUACUGUAUGUGUGAAACUGGUGGAGGAUGUGCUGAAUCGACGGCUGCCCCGGCGGCCAGGCAGUGCCCAGAGCGAGCAAGUCACCAUCUUCCAGUACUGGAGCCACUUUGAAUCGCUUGGCGCUCUAGUGCUUGACACCUACAUGAUGGAGCUGGCAGAGGAAGCACUGCUGGCACAGAACCUCAACUCGGACGACCAGGACGUGGUGUUGCGUGCCCUGAAGCGCAUGCCUGAGGGUCGCCUGAAGAAGGAGGGCCUGAAGGCACUGAGCCUGCUCCUUGUGGAGGGCAACAGCAAGGUGGUGAGCGCUGUGUCGGCCCAGCUGCGCAGCCUGGCGGAAAACCCACGCUUCCGCCAACGGGCCCUUGUGUGCUUCCUGGAGCAGCUGGAGGAUGAGGAGGUGCAGACACGCGUGGCAGGGGGUGCGGCGCUGGGCUGCCUGAAGGCCAAGGAGAGCAUCGAGCAGCUGGUUUACCUGUGCCAAACUGACAAGGAGCCUGUGCGGGAGGCAGCCAAGCAGAGCCUGAUGCUGUGCGGGGAAGAUGGUAAAUCAGCUCACCGGCGGCUGGAGGAGACCCUGGACAGCCUCCCGCGGAUCUUUGCACCAGCCAGCAUGGCCAGUACAGCUUUCUGA